CGGUGCCACGCCAAAUACUCAUUGUUAGUGGGGAAAUGUAAGGCGUAGGAUGUUUAAGAUAAACAUUAAGUUUAAUUUCAUGGGGAUUAUCUCAAACACUUAAACUCGAUUAAUGUUAGUAGUGAUUGAGUGGAAGCCAUGGAUGAGCUAGAUAAAACAAGAACCUCAUCAGAUGACAUAGGUGAAAGGCUAGAUACGAGCAAGACUACGGCAGGAAAAAGGAUCCGAAUCAAUUAUUCCGAUGUGGAAACCCUCAAGAAGAUACCUGGUAUCGGUGAAAAAAGGGCAAAUCUUAUCGUUCAUCUCCGGGAAGCAAAUGGAAAUAUAACGCAGAAGUCGCUUGAGCUGUUAAUUGAGAAAGGACUUCCCGAAGAGGAACUCGAAACAAUCGACUUCGCUCCAAAUGACCAGAAGUUUACCGAUAAACAGCAGAAACGCAUUGGCAAAGACGAUACAACGCCUGGACAUACUGAAGAAGCAGGAAAAAAGGUCCGAAUCAAUUAUGCCGAUGUGGAAACCCUCAAGAAGAUACCGGGUAUCGGUGAAAAAAGGGCAAAUCUUAUCGUCCAUUUCCGGGAAGCAACUGGAAAUACAACGCAGGAGUCGCUUGAGCUUUUAAUUGGAAAAGGACUUCCCGAAGAGGAACUCGAAACAAUCGACUUCGCUCCAAAUGACCAGAAGUUUACCGAUAAACAGCAGAAGCUCAUUGACAAAGACGAUACGACCCUUGGAUGUACUGAUGAAGAUGUCUGGGACAAUUAUUUGAAGAAAGACGACUUUAAAAGUAUUUGGAAGUUACUUAAAAACAAAAAACUACCAACUUACAAUACAUUUCUUAUGCUCGUUGACAAAUUAUCUACACAAACAGAUGAUUUAAGGGAUUUUUGUGGUAGUGUUAGCAACAACUUGAAAGCAAGGAUUCCAGGUGCGAAGAUUGUCUAUCCUGCUAUCAACCCAAACAAUAACCGCACAACGUUUGUGAUAUUAAGUACCUGUCCAAGUGAUGAAAACUAUGUUGAUGGAUAUCCGGUUGAGACGAAGUAUGCUUAUGGCCAAUGCAAUGAAGAUUAUUCUAUCAGUGAUAAGGAAAUGAACGAGGAUUUGUGCUUCAAAAGUAAAGAGGAUGAAGAUAACUUAAACGCUGCUGUAAAUAAGGCGCACGAAAGAUUUUCCGAAUGGCCUAACUAUUCUUGUAUUUCUUUCUCGUUUUACAAAUCGAGGAAAUAUAACGAGGAUGAUCACAAUACUGCUUUGAUUGAAAAAGGCUGCAUCGUUCUUUUUGUAUACCUAAAACACUGGAAGCCGGUUGGGUGGGACUUUUUCCCUGGUGACAGUCAUGGGUAUGAAAUCGAUGUGAGAGAGUCUACGUGUGCCAGAUUGCACACAAGGACGCUAUAUUUAGACAACACUUUGUCACUGGGUGGAACUAUGCAAGGGACAUUGAGAAAAGAAGGCGUGAACGACAAAGUGUUUUCUCUAACUGCAGCACAGUGCGUGUUUGACUCUGAUUCAUUUAAAAUAGCAAUGGCAUUGAAAAAACGUAACGGCCUUGCAGUUCUUGAAGAUGGCAAGCUUCCGCUUGUAUUUAAACGUAGACCACACCUGCUAGAAGGCUCAACUACCAAGAUGGUAUAUGGAGGAACACCGUUCGUUGAUGCGGCGCUAGUGGAGUUCGAUGGAAAACUGCAUAAAAAAGCGUUUAAUCAAAGACUGUUUAAUGAUGAUUUUAAUUUAGUUUGGAAGGAUUAUGGAAUUGAAAGGCAGCCAUCACUUCGAGAUUGCUUCCAAUUGGGGACAUUCGCACGGAAUGACGUCGUCAUAAAAUGUGGUAUGACAACAAAGGUUACGGUUGGAAAAGUUCGAUCACCGGAGGGUUAUUUUAUGGGCGGAAAGGGCCAUAUUCAUAUACAGUCAUUAAAAUCCUCAAAAAGUGAGAAAACAAAACCGUUUUCCGCACCAGGAGACUCCGGGUCGUUCGUUUUCGUAGUGAAUAAAGAAAUCCUUACAGGCCAUCUCAAAGGUACAAGCAAUCACCAGAAAGGAGAUCUGGCUCUCAUUGGAAUGGUAAGAGGGAGCAUAGAGGGUAACGGGUUUUAUUCCACGAAAAUGGCUGCAACCAUGACUGCAUUGGGAAACGAAUACACAUUUGAAGAAGAAGAAGAAGAACAAGAACAAGAACAACAAGAAGAACAACAAGAAGAACAAGAAAGUUAAUUCAAGAAGUUUAAAAGUAUGUUAAGAUUUAACUGGUGGUAAAUUCAUGAAAUAUGUAAUGGCUUAUGUUUGCACUUUAGUCGAACAAUUCAAUUAUUCAAAAGUACAUAUAAAUAUAAUAUAAUAUUAUGGUAUUAAAGCCAAAAUAUUUGGCACGUAUGACGUGUACAGAAUAUAUAACAUUACUUACGUUUAAAAAACUAUUUUGUAACCAAACAACUUAUGAAUAAUACUAAUUAUACAUUUACAACUUGAAAUGGAUAUUAUUCCCACUGCCACUUUGCGAUUCAUUAAUAAUACAUCUCAGUGAAAUUUAGUAUCCGUCUUUCUUAUCUUAAAUGUGUAGGUACCACAUCCCGCGUAGCCCUCACACUACAAAUACAACCAGAGCAGUCAAAAUUGAGCGAAUAAAAGAUGCGAAAACCUAGAUAUAUUAGAAAAAAAGUAAUUGAAUAUAAUUUGUCGACAUCGGCGAAAGGAACUACUGCUGACGACAUGAAUUUUUGGCCAUUCACGUAAACAGAAACUUAGCAUUUUACAAUACUAGCACCGUUCGAAGAUAUUUUCGAAGAUAAAUGUUAACUUGGCUGAAAAACUACUAUCUGUGUGGUGUCUUUUUUUUUGUUUAAAAACAUUUGGUUAAUUGAGGAUUGUAAAUAAACUUUUAACAAUGAUAUUUUAAAGCUGAAUGGAUUAGCGAUGGUUUGUUUGUUUGAUUGACUGUGUAAAUAUAUUUAAAAAUUAAUGAUAUGGUAUUAUUG